UAUGGAUUUCGUGUUCGAAUCGGAAAGGAACCUCCAACAAGUCUCUUCCCCGAUACUAAACCCUUAAUUUAUAUGUUGUAUAUAUAUAUAUAUACCAUUCUUUGCCUCGAAUAAUUCUGUCCUUCUCUGUUUGAUUUUGACCCUCUCUCUUCUUUUCCCAGUCCUCAACCAAUCAAUUCAUCAAUCCCCAAAACCAUAAUCGAUUCCCCUUUCGUGUUUGAGAACAAUCGCAGUGGGAGUUUCGCCAUGGACAAAAACUCGUUCAAGCUUGACCAUUCUCUAGAAAGGAGACAAGCAGAAGCUGGUCGUAUCAGGGAGAAGUAUCCUGACAGAAUACCGGUGAUUGUGGAGAAGGCUGCAAGGAGCAACAUUCCUGACAUUGACAAGAAAAAAUACCUUGUCCCGGCUGAUCUGAGUGUUGGACAGUUCGUUUAUGUUGUCCGGAAGAGGAUCAAGCUUGAGGCCGAAAAGGCUAUAUUCGUCUUUGUCAAGAAUACUCUCCCUCCAACUGCUGCCGUGAUGUCUACCAUUUAUGAGGAAAACAAGGAUGAAGAUGGAUUUCUUUACUUGACCUACAGUGGAGAGAAUGUCUUUGGUUCCUUUUAAAGCAAGACUGUAAAUAGAAUUUAGCAAAUGUAAAUUAUUGGCAUUAACAUGAUGAUGGAACUAAUUAUUAUUUUAUUUUAUUGAAUUUCUAAGGAUUAUAAUGCAUAGGUUUUAUCGAAUUUGAUAAA